CUGGAGUGAUGAUGAAGUUGACCGUCGUGCGAUUUGACUGUCUGGAACCUGCCAUUGCAAGUCUCAAAGCUGAGGCUGCAUGACAAACAUGAAAUCAAGCUUUAGCCGAGUUAUGGAAUCGUUUCGGUAAGUCCAUCACGUUCACGCUGGUCACCUGGUCAUGAACCACGUGAUUGUUGUCGAGAAGAAACCGAAACGACGGAGAUGUGAUGAUGUCGGAGGCCACAGACCGCUGAUUCCAGCUAGCACCUGUUAGCAUACCACGACGUUAUGUCGAACAUACAGGAGAGCGGGGACGCUGGAGAAGAUGUUAAAGAAGAGACCGACCUAAACGAGCUGCGUUGACACGCAGCAUCUGUCAGGAUGGCCGAGCGGUCUAAGGCGCUGCGUUCAGGUCGCAGUCUCCCCUGGAGGCGUGGGUUCGAAUCCCACUUCUGACAAUACCCUUUUGAGAGGCGCCCUGCUGCACAGAAGUCUGAUGAAGAGAGUGGUUUAUCAUCUGAAGAUGACGGAGACAUUCAGUGUGAGAUCCUGGAGAAACAGAGGGAUGAAGCCAAUCAGAGACUCUCUGAGUUAGAGGAAGUGUCCAAUCAGCUCCUGAAGGAGAUGAACGUUCUGGAGUUCCAGUUCCAGAUCGAGCGCUCCUGCAGAGAGAGCGCCGAGGCUCUGGCUGUCAAAGUGACUAAAGAGAACAAAGUCCUCAUGAGGAGGAGCCAGAUGCUGAUGCCACUUAUCCCCGAGCUGCCUGAAACCUUGUCUGCUGUGACCUUUGACCCAGAGACUGACUCCACAGUCCACAGUGAUGAGGUUGAUGUUGGUGGGGAAGGCAGUGAGGAGACCCUGCUGCUGGAGAGUCAGGCUAAGAUUGCAGAGCUGCAGGCAUCAGUAGACGGGCUCCUUGCUGAGAAGCUGAAGCUGGAACAACAAGUGGAAGAUCUGACCAAAGAGCAGGUCCUCUUCCGAGAGCAGGUGGCUCUGGAGAUGGAGGAGAAAGAGGCCAUACUGAGGAGGAUGAACAAACAAAGCAAGACCAUGAAUAAAAUCAAAAGAGUUUCCCAGCUUGUCACCGAGGAGUUCACAGAGAUGUCUCAGAAGCUGGAGCUGGAGCAGGGCCUGCGGGCGCACGCUGAAGUCUUCGCCCACCAGAUGUUUGUGCAGCAGAAGGAGGAUCACACGCCGAAUGUGAUGGCGAUGCCGAGCCCAGAGACCGGCCUGCAGCUGCAUCAGGCGCUGGAGCAAAUCUCCACCAUUAGCUCCGCCCUGACUGACAUACAGCGCUGUUACCAUGACCAGGUGAAACUGAGUCAGAGCUCAUCAGAGGAGAAGGGUGACGUCUCUGAGCUACAGGAGCUGAAAGACAGGCUGGAGAGGAGAGAGGAGGAGAGGAAGGCCUUAGAAACUCAGCUGUCUGAGGCCAAAGACUCUGUCACACAGCUCCAGGAGGAAGUCAAACAUUUACAAGAGAAGCUGGACAGAGAUGAUAAAACUGAGGAACCAGGAGUAAAAUCAAUUCCUGCUCCACCUCCUCCUCCUCCACCACCGCCCCCUCCUCCUCCUCCUCCUCCUCCUCUUCCACCUCCCAGCACUGUCACCAAUUCACUUGAUUUCCUGAGAAGUCGAAGAAAAGAUGGAGCCAGUAAAACUGAUCCAAACAAAUCGGCUCCUUCGGUGGACAUGAAGGCGAGAGCAGUGGAUGAAAUGAUGGACAGAAUAAAGAAAGGAGUCGUCCUGAGGCCCAUGAAGAAAACACAGGAUGAUGACAGCUCGUGGAAGGACCAGAAGACUGAAAACAGAAAAUCGGCUAUUCUGGAACUGAGAGGAAUGCUGGACAACAUUAAACGUCAGCCGCAACGCAGAGUGCCGUCCAGGAGAGGGGAUGGGAGAUAUGUUGCGGAGGCAGAGCUGCUGCAGGUGCUCCAGAGGAGGAGGAAGGCGAUCGGAGAGAACAGAGACCCAGCAUCCUCAACACAAACACAGGACCCUCAAUCAGGUCCACAGAGUGUCCCAGCAGCCGGAGAUGUUCCCUGGACAGGUGACAUCGGCAGCGCCCCUGUGCUCCGGAGGCUGAGACAGAACAGAGAGAAGAGAGACUCUCGUAUCAGAGCAUCAGCCCUGAUAAUGGGCCAGGAAAACUGAAGAAGAAAUACAAAAUUUAAGCACUGCUAUUUUCUAAUUCUGUAUCCGUUUGAUGAAUUUGAUAAAUAAACUUCACCUGCAAAACUU